AUGAACCCCGCCACCCCUCCCCCUCUGUCCUCCCUGCUGCCCCCUCCCCACCUGCACACCCUGGCCCGCCAUUGGCUGCAGGAGGAUUGCCCGGGCCUCGACCCCGCCGCCCUACUGGUUGGUUUGAGCCCACGCCUCGCCCGCAUCGUCUGCAAAUCCCAGGGGCUUCUGGCCGGCCUGCCCUUCGUCGACGCCGUUUGGGCAGAGUUGGGUUGUCGGUCGAGUUGGAAAGUUCCGGAAGGAAGUCACGUGACCCCCGGGACGGUGGUGGCGGAAAUUUGGGGGUCGGCUGCUCGGAUCCUGCAGGGGGAGCGGGUGGUGCUGGAGGUGUUGGGGAGGUGCAGCGGGACGGCGACGGCGGCCCGGAGGGCAGUGGAGGUGGGGAGGGGGCUGGGGUGGGGCGGGGUGGUGGGCGGGACCAGGAAGACCACGCCCGGCUUCCGAUUGGUGGAGAAAUACGGGCUGUGGGUGGGAGGAGCCGACCCCCACCGUUACGACCUCGGGGGGAUGCUGAUGGUGAAGGACACCCACAGGGAUGCGGCGGGGGUCCCGAUGACGGAGGUAAGCGUGGCGAUUCCGGGGGGGGAGGGGCACUUCCG